GGGAAGGAAUUAAAUACAGAAACGCUGUCUGCUUGCUGCUGCCGUAAGACAGCUAGCUGAAUUGCUGAUUUGCUUUAACUUUUAAAAUACCCAGCUUGGGUUAUUUUUCUUAGAAUCACUGUAUUGCUAAGACUGGGGACGCUGUUUUCUUUUACAAAGGGAAAUCUAAGUUCAUUUCAAGGCAUUCGCAAUGGGGAAAGACUAUUAUGGCAUUUUGGGAAUUGAAAAAGGAGCGUCAGAUGAAGAUAUUAAAAAGGCUUACCGAAAACAAGCCCUCAAAUUUCAUCCGGACAAGAACAAAUCUCCUCAGGCAGAGGAAAAAUUUAAAGAGGUCGCAGAGGCUUAUGAAGUAUUGAGUGAUCCUAAAAAGAGAGAAAUAUAUGACCAGUUUGGAGAGGAAGGGUUGAAAGGUGGAGCAGGAGGUACUGAUGGACAGGGUGGCACCUUCCGGUACACCUUUCAUGGUGAUCCUCAUGCCACAUUUGCAGCGUUUUUUGGAGGUUCCAACCCCUUCGAAAUUUUCUUUGGAAGACGAAUGACUGGUGGUAGAGAUUCUGAAGAUAUGGAAGUAGAUGGGGAUCCUUUUAGUGCCUUUGGGUUCAGCAUGAAUGGAUAUCCAAGAGACAGGAAUUCUGUGGGACCAUCCCGCCUCAAACAAGAUCCUCCAAUUAUUCAUGAACUUAAAGUAUCACUUGAAGAAAUAUAUACAGGUUGUACUAAACGGAUGAAGAUUUCUAGAAAACGGUUAAAUCCUGAUGGAAGGAGUUAUAGAUCUGAGGACAAAAUUCUUACCAUUGAGAUUAAAAAAGGGUGGAAAGAAGGCACUAAAAUUACGUUUCCAAGAGAAGGAGAUGAAACACCAAAUAGUAUUCCAGCAGAUGUUGUUUUUAUCAUUAAAGAUAAAGAGCACCCAAAAUUUAAAAGGGAUGGAUCAAAUAUAAUUUACAAUGCAAAAAUUAGUUUACGAGAGGCAUUAUGUGGCUGUUCAAUUAAUGUACCAACAAUGGAUGGAAGAACCAUACCUAUGGCAUUAAAUGAUAUUGUGAAACCUGGAAUGAGGAGAAGAAUUAUUGGAUAUGGGCUACCAUUUCCAAAAAAUCCUGACCAGCGUGGUGACCUUCUAAUAGAGUUUGAGGUUUCCUUCCCAGAUACUAUAUCCUCAUCUUCCAAAGAAAUACUUAGAAAACAUCUUCCUGCCUCAUAGAGAACUUUGUUACUCAUAUUUUGACAAGGCACUGAAAAUAUAAAAGGACUGGCAAUUUACUCAUGUAGAUGUGAAUUCUGUAUAAAAAUGUAUAAAUUUUUUGAGGGUUCAUUACUUUGCAUGAAUAGAGACGGGUCAAAUAAAUAGGCAAAGGGAUUUUUACAGUUAGAAAUUAAGAAAACAUUCACUAUAUUUUACUUCAUUUUUCCCAAAUAAAAAAUUUUUAGUAUUUUGCUUACAUGAGUAGGUUAAUUGUUUUUGUGGAGUUAGUAUAUAUAUAUUUCCAUGUAUUUUUUCAAUAAAGUACCAAGCUAUUGAAGUACUUUAUUUCUUGUAUCUUUAGACUAUCAAUAUGAUAGGGUCCCAUUUAUAAUGGAAAUUAUAAUUAUUCAUUAAACUAUACAUGAGAGGUAUUUUAAGAGAAGUUUAAAAACCUGAAUAAUUUGGAAAUUUGGCUAACUAAAUUUAAACUACCUUUUAAAAUGCUGCUAUAGGGCUGGUACCCAGUAAAAGAAUAAUGCAUAUAUUUCACCAUUUUAAUUUUUAAAAUAUGCUAUGCAUUUACUAAUAACAUAGUUACAACAUUCAUAAUAUACACUGUUUCUUCAUAAAAAGGAAAUGAAUUGAAAUUUAUCUCCUAUGGAAAUCCCAGUUGCCUGAAUUACUGAUAUUUUAGAAAUGGGCCAUUUUUAAAAUGCAAUAUGUAAUUUUAUGCAAGUUGACUAUAUAUCUUGGACUUUAUAGCUUCAUAUUUUGUUCUCUAGUUUAAAAUAAUUUGUUUAACACAGAAUGUGUUUUCAUAGGGAAUACUGUUAUUUGGAAUUAAUUUUACAAUUACAUAGUCUUCUUUAACUAACUAAUAAUAUGUUACAUGUACCUUAUGCAAUUUCUCUGAAAGAAUACCAAUAUGGUUUUAAAACAGAAUGUGGGGGAAAAGAAACACUAACUGCUGCUUAUGGAUACUGUUGCUAGCUACUACUUGUUAUGCAUAUAAAUAUUAUACUUUUUCAUAUGUAUAGAUUGCAUUUCUUAGGUGUCUUAAUUUUUUAAAUAUAUUUAUGUUU